UAUAUGAAAGAACACUUGUAAUAGUUAAUCGUGUUAGUUGUGUUUGAGUAAAAUUGAGUUAAUUGACUCGAAUCGCGACUGUGAUAUUUUUUUUUUUUGAUGACUGUUUCACUUAUUUGAUACUUUUCGUUCGGAUGGUUUAAAUAGUUUUUACGAUGCUGAUAUGAAAAACAAUGCAAAAAUCUUUAACAUAUUGCUAAAACCGUCUUCAUUAUUGCUGAGCGUAUAAAUAAUAAUGAUCAUAAGUCAUGAAUUUGAUUCUGAUACUUCCAAAGUUGAAAAUGUUAUAGUACUACAGUAUAUAAGUCACGUGCUAAAGAAACUAUGGAACCAACGUCUACACUCUACAGUGAUAAAUUAAUGUGUUUCUGGAUUAUCACAAGCACCUAAGAUUAUUCAUAUUAGCAAUUAAACCAGUGACGAUCUGCGCUUUGACCUAACCACCUGCAUUUUUAAGACAGCUUUAUUUACUAUCAGAAAUAUAGAAACAUAAAUGAAUAUGGUGGUAUAUGGAAAAUAUUUACGAGUAAUAAAUCAAAAAAAUUGGAAAGCAAAAUUAUAUUCAAUUAGUUUAGCGUUGUUUAUGCUUAUAUUUUAUUGUUUGAAGUCAUAUACUCGAAUUCCACACGAAUCAGAUAUUAAACACGUCGGGAGAGUCCUAUUAUCAAGUAUCAAUAAUACAAAAAGUCAAAAUAAAAAAUCGUUGUUUGAAGAGAUUUUCAUUUUCGAGGAACGCACUUUUACUAUAUUGUGUACGUCCGUUGUUGCUUUAUACUUAUUCUUAUUUUUAGGAGUAGUAUGCAAUCGUUAUUUGGUACCAUGCAUUCAUAUAAUUUCUCACAGGAUGAAGUUGAGUCAAGAUGUUGCAGGAGCGUCUGUAAUGGCUGCAGCCGUGGCAUGUCCCGAACUAUUCGUCAAUAUACUAGCUACAUUUUUUACAGAGGGCGAUGUCGGAGUCGGCACAGUGGUCGGCACUGGCUUAUUUAAUAUACUAUUAGUUCCUGGACUUUGCAUACUUAUGGCUGAUCAAAAGGCCAUACACCUGGAAAGCUGGCCCAUCACUCGUGAUGUAUCGAUGUAUCUUUUAACUAUAUCAUUAUUAGUUUGGUCAUUGGCUGAUAACAAGGUUUAUGCUUACGAAGCGUUGACAUUAAUUAUAGUUUACAUGGUAUACCUAUUAAUUCUCUCUUACAGCUCAUAUCUUGAAAAAAUAUUUAAAUAUAUUUCUCGACAAGACAACAAAGUUUUCGAGGGGUGCAGUGAGAGUCAGCCGAUUCUUCCUCUAAAUGGAGUUGUAGAAAAUGGAUUUAUAGUGCAAGACCAGAUUAUUUUGCCCAAAUGGAAGGAUAGACUUCGUGAUCAGCUAUUAAAUAUCAAAGAAAUACUAGUAUGGCCUAUAGUCUUAAUCUUAAAAGUGACUGUUCCGAGCUGCAAUAGUCAAGAUAGAGUUUUUUGGGUACCGAUUACCAUGUUUAUGUGUAUAUUUUGGAUUGGAUGUGGAUCAUUUAUCAUUGUAGAAUUGAUUACUAUUAUAGGAAAUGAAUUCUCAAUUCCUGAUUCAGUUAUGGGAAUUACACUAUUAGCGAUUGGUAUGAGUGUACCCGAAAUGGUGUCUAGUAUAGCAGUUGCAAGACAAGGACAAGGUACUAUGGCUCUAUGUACCGCACUAAGUUCGUCAACAUUUGAUGUUUUAAUUUGUUUGGGUGUUCCGUGGUUUAUAAAAGGUAUGUGGUUCCAUAAAGAAAACUCAAGCGCAUCUAUAAAUAUUCACUCGAAAAGUCUCGACGACAGUGCGAUUGCUGUAAUGUUAAGUACAAUUGGUUUUAUGGUAUUGAUGUGUGCCAAAUCAUUUGUAUUAACUAAAAGAUCAGGUGGAUUUAUUGUUUUCAUAUGGUUAUUCAUUUGUUCAGCCAUGGUGUACAAUGAGUAUGCAACAAAAUGAGAACAAUUCAUGUAGCAUAAUUGCUCAAUCAUUUUGCGUGAGUUGAUGAACGAUGAUUUGUAAAUGGCUAAUGCCAUCGUUGAAAUGACCACGGAAUAUUGAUUUAGGUUCUGAAGACUGAAAUGUCAGGAUCUCUGAUUAUACGUCAAAAGGACAGACCCGUCUUAUCUUUAAAAUAUACUUUUAAGACAAUUUUAAUGUCUGGUAUAAAUAAGUGUCUAGUAUACGAUCGUUUACGCUAUUUAAUAAUAUAUAAUAAUGUGCUGUGAUUAGACAUAUUAAUAUGUUAUACGUCUUGUGUUGGGCACAAAUUAUUGAAAGAAACUUUAAUAAAUAUUAAAUAAAGCUUUUAUUAUGUACCUAGGUUCAUAUUAAAGUUAUUAUAUUUAAAAAGAUUAUAUUUUUAUU